CAUCACCGUGUCGACACCAUGGGUUCCGCACAUACCGCACCGAUCCAACUCCCCGGGUUUAAUCUGCCCUUGAACCACAAGCCCAAAGGUAAACAUAACUGGGAUAUGACCCUCUACCCCAAUGCCCUGGACUACGCCAAUAUUCACGACGGCUACGUGGGUCACAUCAACACCCAGCGAGAACUCACCAUGGUUCAGAUCAUGAAUGCCAUCUCGGAAAAGCCCGACUGGGAACGCAAGGUGUUGGACGAUGCCAUCACGUCCAAAUGGGAGAAAGAAAUUAUGGAAUCUGGUCGCAACGUCAGCCCCCGGAUGAUGGAAUGGAUCAUCAAAGAAAUGCAUUGGAAAGCGGACACCCUGAAACGCCAGGGUUUAGUGACCGUGUUUGAUAUUGGAGUCGUUCGUUCCGAUACCGCCGUGUCGUCCGAGGUGCAGCAGGCCUUGCGACAUGCCGUGGCCCCGUUGGAAGAUAUCCCAAACGAGCAAAAGGAUUACCACCCCGGCUCGGAUGGGAAAGUGCUUGAUCUGGUCCACCCAUCGCUGUUUCCGCUCGUCUAUGGGCGCACCCGCAUUCUGCCAGACCGCGUCAUCACCGUCGACGACUGCAUGGGCAGCAUUGGCGAGGGCGUGAUUUUGGCUGUCCCCCCCGAGGAAGAAGCCGGUCUGGGAGCCGGUCAUUCUGGACGAUGGAUGCCAUGGCAGAUGCGGGGAAUGCACCCCUACAGCCAGAAGUUCCAAUGGCUGCCCUGUAAUGUGCAGUUGCCAGAGGAAGGCGGAUGUCGCAUCACCUCCUACAUCAACAAUCUGUCCCCGACGAAGCACCAGCCUCUGUACCAGGUUGUUGAGAAGAUCAUCGACGCCAGCAUCCCUCUCUGGGACACCAGUCUGACCGAAGUCCGUGGGUUUCAGAACGAGAGAAUUCCCUACGAAAAGGUCGUGUAUCUGGACCACCCGGAGCCAGAGCCGGAGCCCAAAGACGAGGAGGAAAGGUGGAGCGAUGAGUUCUGCGAGCGCCACGACGAGUGGCGCCGAUCAACGCCCAUCCAACUUCCGGAGCCCAGCACGAGGUUCUCACCUCCCCGACCCAACUGGCGGGGCCAGGUCAAUCUGCGCGAGACCUUCCGAGAGCAGGGACUCCAGGUCAUUGUCAAAUUGGCCAAUAUCGAACUCACCCCCAAGAGUCCAGAAUAUGCAGGGGGAUCGUGGCACAUUGAAGGGCAGUUGAAUGAGCGCAUCUGCGCGACUGCGAUUUACUACUACGAUAGCCACAACAUCACCGACAGCCAACUCUGCUUCCGCCAGCGCGCCUCCACAGAUAUGUCUGAUAUUAACUAUGAUCAAGACCAGCACGAGUUUCUCCAGGCCGUCUAUGGAUUCGGGCCCGAUGUGCCCGGUUCUGGGGAUACCCAAAUUACCCAAGAUCUGGGUAGUGUCCGAUGCAAUGAAGGCCGGCUGCUCACGUUUCCUAAUGUGGUGCAACACUGCGUAGCGCCGUUUGGGCUGGCGGACCCCUCGCAGCCCGGUCAUCGCAAGAUUCUGGCUCUGUUUCUGAUCGACCCGAACCGGCGCAUCAUCUCCACGGCAAAUGUACCCCCACAGCAGGAGGAGUGGGCGCGCGAGAGACAGGAGGCGGUCCAGGAAGCCUUGUCCCCACGACUGCCCGCCGAGUUGCAGAACAUGGUGGCGCAGGAUAUUCCUGAGGCGUGCAUGACCCUGGAGGACGCCAAGGAAUAUCGACUGGAGCUGAUGGACGAGCGGCGGUCUAAACAGGAUGCGCAGAACGCGGCGUUUGAGACAGGGGAUUUUGGGUUGUGUGAGCAUUGAUAAGCUCAGGAUAGGAUGAAUGGAGUAU